AUGGACGAAUCCUGGAAAUUCUCACAGUGUUUCGGUGACAAAGGUGAUGUUGAAAACAUUACUGAGGCAGAUAUUAUAUCCACCGUUGAGUUUGACCACACUGGAGACUACCUAGCCACUGGAGACCGAGGAGGCAGGGUUGUUCUGUUUGAGAGAAAUGAGAACAAGAAGAAUUGCGAAUACCGGUUCUAUACGGAGUUUCAGAGUCACGAUGCUGAGUUCGACUACCUCAAGUCUUUGGAGAUUGAGGAGAAGAUAAAUAAGAUCAAAUGGCUGAAGCGCUCCAACACUUCAAACUUCUUGCUGUCAACCAACGACAAGACCAUCAAGCUGUGGAAGAUAUUUGAGAAACAGAUCAAGAUGGUUGCGGAGAACAACCUGAGCGAAACCAAUUCGUACCACCACGGGUUUGGCGGUUCUACACAGCAGCAUAAGAGUUUCCAGUCGGCCAACAAUCUUAAGCUACCAAGGGUCACUUUACACGAUACAAUCACGGCGGCACAGCCCAAGAAGAUAUAUGCAAAUGCCCAUGCCUACCACAUCAACUCCAUAAGUGUGAACUCGGAUGGCGAGACGUUUCUGUCUGCUGAUGACUUGAGGAUAAACCUGUGGAAUUUGGGCAUUGCAGAUCAAUCGUUCAAUAUCGUUGAUAUCAAGCCUGUAAACAUGGAGGAAUUGACCGAGGUGAUCACUUCUGCGGAGUUCCAUCCCGAGGACUGCAAUUUGUUCAUGUAUUCGUCAUCCAAGGGCACUAUUAAGCUGUCGGACAUGCGGAUGAACUCGCUCUGCGACAACCACGCAAAGGUGUUUGAAGAGUAUGUGGACCCCAAGAACCAUAAUUUCUUCACCGAGAUUACCAGCUCAAUUUCUGACGUGAAGUUCUCGAACAACGGCAGGUACAUUGUUAGCCGAGACUACAUGACGGUGAAGAUCUGGGACCUGGCGAUGGAAAGAGCGCCAGUAAAGACCAUCAAUAUCCACGAGCAACUGCGCUCCAGACUGUGUGAUACGUACGAGAAUGACGCCAUAUUUGACAAGUUUGAAGUGCAAUUUAGUGGCGACAAUAACUCCAUAAUGACCGGAUCUUACAACAACAACUUUAUGAUAUAUCCCGAUGCCACGGGUGCCUCGGAUCCAGAGAAAGACAGGAUCGUGCUGCAGGCAGACAAGAGUGCGUUCAAAGCCAAGAAACUGAACCAGAACAGAAGGAAGGGCGGACUGGGUGUCAAUCCCAAUGGUGGUUUGAGUAUGAUCAGAAAGGAUGUCGAUUUCGAGACCAUCGACUUCAAGAAGAGCAUACUCCACCUAAGCUGGCACCCCAGAGAGAAUAGCGUUGCCAUUGCGGCCACCAACAAUUUGUACAUCUUUUCGACAUUGUGA